AUGGCCGAUCAGGGUGUCGUUGCGGCCCCGACUGAUAAUGCUGUCAAGGAGGCCGCGGAUUUAACCCCGGCGCAAAGGGUGGAGAACUUCAAGGAUCAGAAAAAGGCACUGAAUAAGUCUACCAACGAUGUGCCGCAGCCUGUGAAUCGGUGCCUUGUCUACUGCAGAUUGCGUCCAGGGAACAAAACGGAUUUUAAGGAGGGCAGCUUUAAGCUGGUGUCGGUGGAGGGCAACAGCAUUGUGUUGAAGGGCGAGCGCCGAUACGACUUUGACAAGUCAUUUGAUGAUGAGUGUACGCAGGAGCAGAUCUUCGACCAUGUCGCCGUGCCGUGCGUUGAUCACGCGUUCAACGGUUUUUGCUCAGCACUAAUGUGUUAUGGCCAGACAGGCACUGGGAAGUCCUUCACAAUGUGCAAUACAACCCCAGGCCUUGAAGGAAUCAUUCCUCGGUCGGCGAGACUCAUAUUUGAGAGGAUACAAGCGGAUCCAACGCGUCAAUACGAAGUUAUUGGACAGUUUGUGCAGAUAUACCGUGAUCAUCUCGGCGAUUUGAUGGUGGGCUCCGGCAAAGAACGAGUGGAGGUUCGAUUUGAUGAGAACGAGGGCGUGGAGCUUACCGGUUGCACCUCUCAUGUCCUCCGCAGUCCGCAGGAAUUCAUGCGGUUUUAUCACGUUGGAAACGAGCGCCGUGUUGUGACAGCAACAGCCAUGAACCCGGAGUCAAGCCGCGGCCACACGGCGCUGAUGAUACGCAUUUUCUCCGAGAAACUUGAUGAUCCGGCGGCGGGAAAGAUGAGGGGCAAGAUCACAUUCAUUGACCUGGCUGGUUACGAGCGCUUCAGUAAGACCGGCAUCUCCAGUGAUAAUCCCAUCAUGAAGGAUGAGGCAAAAUGUAUCAACGCCUCCCUGUUGUCGCUUGGCCACGUUGUCACGGCCUUGUCCUCUUCCGGCCCUCAUAUUCCGUGGCGAAACUCGAAACUUACCCGCAUUUUGCAGGACUCCAUCGGUGGUAGAAGCCGCACCUCAAUCAUUCUGACAGUUGGACCGAGCAGCGACCAUUUUUACGAGACAACCAACUCACUGCAGUUUGGUUUGCGCGCUAUGGCGGUGAAAGUCUCAGCCAAGCAGUCUGUCGUGGUGAACUAUGAAAAGUUGGCUCACAACCUGCAGAUGUUGCUGGAUGAGAAGCAAGAGAGGAUUGCCUUGCUGGAGAUACAAAUCGCCGGUCGUGAUGCCGAGAGAGCGGAGCUAAUGGAGCGUUACAAUAAACACCGAGCGGAAAUUGACUUACGGUACGAGAGGGAUAUGGCGAGAUUGAUGGCAAGCAAUGCGCCCCCGGAGAAGAUUGAAGGUCUGCGCGAGGUGUAUAGGGUGGAGGUGGAGAACCUUCACGAGCAGCGGGAUGAGGAGAUUCAGUAUCAGGAGGAGGCACACUCGAAGGAGAUUACGAAACUUGUUCGUGAGCAGGCGGAGCAAGAGGCGAAGCGGCGGGCCGAGAUGAAGUUGGCUCAAGAGCGCAUCAUUGAAGAUUUCCAGAAAAAACUUGACAAUGCGCGUGAGGGAAAGCAUGACGACAUUGUCAAUGCGCUGCGUCAACUGGCUGAAAAGGACUCCCUAUUGGCAAGUCGCGCCAACGACACGGCCAGGCUUCAUGAACACAUUGAGGUGUUGACACAACAAAUCAGGGAGAUGGGGGGCACACCUGUUGAAGAGGCCGUAUUCCCGGAGACAUUUCUUGAUGUUGGUCAAGUUGAGGAAAUCCAACAACGCCUGGAGGCUGAAGUGGAACGGCACCGUGAGAAGGAAGUUCAGUUAUACGCCGAGGUUGAACGACUCUCGAGAAUUUGCUCCGAACGUGUGGAGGAAAUCAACAAAUUACAUGAUGAGAAUGAGCAACUUCGUUCCGAUCUUUCCAAUAAAGGUUUUAACGUUGGAGAAACAGACGAGUUGACAAAAUAUUUGCGAGACAGACGCGCCAAAAUGAUUGAUAGUAGCGAAAUGGAGACGCUUCGUGUGACCAUGCGGGCUGAGAUGGAAGAAUUGAAGGCGCACAAUGUGGAACUUAAGAGGGAAGUGGAACGUCUGGAAGAAGAGCGCGCGCAGCAAUCUCUCCCUCUUACUGCACGCAUAUUUGGCACGGCGCGUAAUUCUCUCUCAACGGCACGCAGUGUUCUUCCUGCGGGCGGUGCUCCCCCGCUCACAGGGCGUGGUGCAAGCCAACUACGUCAGUAUUUCUUGUCUGACGAUACCAGGUCGUUGUCACACUCGUUCAACGGAGAGACCUCAAAAAAAGCGGUGAAAGAGCUUUCUGACCAACUGACAUUCAGCAUACAGGAAAAAAAUGCUCUAUUGAAUCGCAUUCAGAAGUUGGAGGCAGAACUGAAGUCUCAUGGCGUGGAGUCCCCGCAACCAUAUGUGCCUCCGAUUAUGUUGGGGUCCUCUGUUCUACCAAAUAUACCUUCCCUUGUCGCUCCUUCACCCGAUGCGGCUCCAAAUGCGGACGUGGAUGUUCUACUCAGAGUAAAGGAUGCGGAAGUGGACGAAUUUAUGGAGACAAUUGAGCGUCAGCAACACUUGUUGGCAACUGCACGGUCUAACGAUGAGCAUUACCAACAGGUGAUAAGCGACCUUCGGCAGGCCAUUGCGAAAGCGGGGUUGCCUCUUCCAGAAUCUCAGGCUAUUCCUUCUCCGGUAGAUUGUAUUGCUAUGGAUGAUUAUAUGAACAUACUACGAGCGGUACGUGACAGUGAGCGGAAAAUGGUGGUUCGCCUUGCGGAGAGGGAAGGUAAGGAUCCUUUGGAGAUUGACUCAGUUCUUGAGGAAAUGAAUCGGGAGCUCAUAUUUAAGGAUGAACUUGUUAUUGAGAAUGCAUCUAAGAUGCAAUUUGUGGCUAAAGUGUGUAUUCGUCUUAAGAGUCAGUUGGAGCGUUUGGGUAUCACUCCUUGUUGUCAGUUGCCCGACUCCUACAAGGAGUUGAUUGAGCGAGAAAAGUGUGAAAUGGAAGAACAAACGGAAGCCCAGCGUGAUCUGGAGGAAAAACUAUCCAUGUUGGCGGAAGAAAAGCAACGUUUAAAUAAGAUGCUUUCUUCCAUGCGCCAGGAGCGUGAAAUGGAUAUUGUCGUCAUGCGUAGCGUUCAAGAGCGCUGCAAGGAGGCAGAAGAAAAGGAGAUUUAUGCUGCGGAGGCCUUGUCGCGGCUCACUCGCGAAAAGAGUCAAAAAGAGAGGGCACUUGAGGAAACACUGCGUCUGGCGACAAUGGAUCUUAUGCAGUACCAGGCGCAGUUGGCCCAAAUAAAGGAGCUUGAAAACACAGGAGGAUUUGCACGAAUUCUGAAAUUGUUACUUCGUCGUUAA